UCGUAAACCCCCUGUAACAUGUCGUAAACCCGCCGUGUGUCUGUUGUCGGCAAAGUAAACGGUUGUUCCCUUUAAAAUUUGAAACGAGCGUUUAUUUCUUGACAAAAACUAUGAUAAUAGUUGAGCUGUCCGUGUCUCCGCGCGAUCCAGUACAGUUAAACAACAGGGUGGACAUUGUGUCGGCUUUGAGGAGCCAGAAGAUGAGCUGAUCUGCAUCAAAACAAGCUCGAAAAUGGCAACUUACAACGCUGAAGGACAUUCCGCGUUGGUGGAGAUGAGUCCAGACAUCCACAUCUGUGGCUUCUGCAAGCAGCAGUAUAAUAAUUAUGAGGUCUUUAUCGCCCACAAGCGAAAUGGAUGCUCGUUGCCAACCUCUGACCCCGCAGAGGCUGCAACAACCGCACUCACAGAUUCCACCACCGAGUUUGUUUUCGAGGAAACCUACCAGACUUGCGUCACCAGAGGCGUUAAAAAGAUCCUGAGCAAAGGCCAGAAAACGCCCUCCAAAAAAUUAAAACCAUCCCUGACUUCAAAGAGACACAGCUGCUGUUUCUCAGGUUGCACCUUCAAGACGCAGUACGGCCAAAAAGACAUGGAGAGGCAUCUCAAAACCCACACCGGCGAGAAGCCGUUUGAAUGUGAGCUGUGCCACAAGCGCUUCAGUCGGCGGGACAAGCUGAACAUGCACAGCCGCUCGCACACGGGCGAGAAGCCGCACAAGUGCAAGCACUGCGCCUACGCGGCGGCAGACAGCAGCAGCUUGAAGAAGCACCUGCGUAUCCACUACGACGAGCGGCCUUUUAAGUGCCAGAUCUGCCCUUACGCCAGCCGCAACUCCAGCCAGCUCACCGUGCACCUCCGCUCACACACCGGGGACGCUCCUUUCCAGUGCCAACAGUGCGAUGCCAAGUUCAAAAUCAACUCCGACCUGAAGCGGCACAUCCGGAUUCACUCGGGCGAAAAACCCUACAAGUGUAACUUUUGCGAGUACCGCUGCGCCAUGAAGGGCAACCUGAAAUCUCACGUUCAGAUAAAGCACGGCGCCGAGAACUCCUUCCGCUGCGCGCGCUGCGACUUCCAGUGCGCCAGCAAGACGGCGCUGCGGCUGCACUCGCGGGAGCACGAGCCCGCUCAGCCCGUCCAGUGUCCCAAGUGCACCUACUCCUGCGCCAGCAAGGGUGCGCUCCGAGUCCACGAGAGGAUCCACUCGGAGGAUCGCCCCUUCAAAUGCGACUCCUGCAACUUCGCCUCGAAGCAGCGCAGCAACCUGGUCAUCCACAAAAGGAAGUGCCACUCGGACAACCCGGAGAGGGGCGGCGGCACCAAGGGGGCCAGGGGCGGAGGAAAAAGCGGGGGUGGGGACUCCCCGAAGCCCGCGGCCUCCAGGUAUCGGGCCAAACUGGAAGCGGCCCGAGCGUUCUGCUGUGACUCGUGCGACGCCUCCUUCGUGCGGGAGGACUCCCUGCGGAGCCACAAGAAGCAGCAUCGAGACGCCCAGAACGUGGUGCAGCUCCACCUCUCCGGCCCGCCGGACAUCAACUUGCUUCCGGUCACGUCGUCGCAGGGCGACGGCCGGCUCGAGGUUCCCGUCCCGUCCGACUCGAUGGCUCCCUACGGCAGCGCGCAGCUCAAAAUCAUCGUGUCUCACCCUCUGGGCCGGGAGCACCCCUUAAAUCCAGCCGGCGUGGACGGUCCGCACAAGACCAGCGUGGUCCUGCUCAGCCCGCAGAGCCAGGACAUGGUGGUCAACUCCAUGAUCCAGCAGGUGAACCUGCUGGCGCCCAUGCAACACCUGGGAUCGCCCCAGACGGCGGAAGCCACCCUGGAGACCCAGACGGUCCUGCUGACGCAGCUGGGCCCCGGCGACGCCAUCAACCCGCUCCACCAGGCGCUGCUGCACACCGCCAUGACCGCCGAGGAUCCCAGCAGCGGCACGCAGACCUUCAUCACCACGUGCUCCGAGCUGGAGGGCCUCAACGCCCUGAUCCAGCAGGGGGGCACAGAGGUCACGGUGGUGACGGAGGGGAACGCGGCCAUGGCGGGGGCGAAUUCCGCCGACGGGUCAAAGCUGGCGGGGGCCUUGGCGAGUGGGGAGCGAGCGUUGCUGGGGCCAAACGUCGGCCUUUGCGGCCAGAAUGUGGUCAUCCACGGUGUCCCACUGCUGGUGUCCACUCAGCCACAGCAGACUUUAGAGCAGCUCUCCCCUCACACACUGUACUCGGAGACGCACACACUGGAAGACGUCCCACAAUGAGCGGAAAGGGCUCGCUGUGUUUUUUUCCGUCGUAACUGCAUCAUAAGCUAUUUCUUUGCCAGUAUGAAGUCUUAAGCUCUAAAGGUCACGUGUGUACGGCCCUUUUUAGGCCGUUAACACUAUCGAUUUGGUUCUAUCAAUUGAAUCAUUCACCACUGAACUGACAGUGGUGUUCACUUUGGAGAAGUAAUAGUUUUCACCUUAGAAUAAUGAUGUGUGUUGUGAUCAUUAGGACGUCAUUUCGCAUGCGGUUUGUGCAAGGGUUAUUUUUGGAGGCCUCAAAAUAAAAAUGCGAAUUAAGAUUAAUAGGAUGAAUCAAUUUAAAGGUUUAUUUUUCCGCCAAGAGCAGCAAAAAAAUGAUCAAAUGAAUAAUAAAGCCUAAAAAUGGACACAAAUUGUCGAAACGUCUUUUUGCGAUGGAUUUGCUCAUAUUUUCCAAUAGGUGGCAGCAGAGCGAUACAAGUGGCGGCUGAAGUUCAUUCAAAGCAUUGCAGCGUUGAAUUAUUAAUAAAACAUCCUAUAUGUAUAGAUAUUUUUUUAUUGAAAUGAAGCAUUUUCAUCAUUCCAGGAUGCAGAUGUUUUUUUUCAUUUGUUGUAGAACACAUUGCCUCCCAAGCAGUUAUGUUUCUAAAAGCCAAGUUGCUCUCGCAAUAGAUUUUUCAAUAAAGUGCCAGUCUUGCUCGCC